CUCUUUCACUUAAAAAACGUUGGACUAUACAAGCAUUAAACAAAACAAAACACCAAUACUUAUUCCAACUAACUGACAAUCCACGGUACCAUAAUUUAUUGUUGGAACUCAUGAUAAGGCUUGUCUGUCGAAAAUGAUGUUAUCAUGUCGACAAUGAUGUUUCAGGACUUCAUCUUCUUCGCCCUUUCCAUCCUCCCCAUUGACUCGACUUCGAUUUUGAAACUGUGUUCCUGUCCCUCCUGAGUACCUGUUUCAUAAGUUAACUCAUAAGUCACGAACAAGUCUCAAAGUCCACCACUAUCACCGACUGUUACAUGUUUGUUAGAAGUUGAAAGAUAUUUUGUAACUGUUUUAUUUACCCGAAAGCGCACUAGCCACUGGAACAGGCCGAGAGACUAGAUAUUGGUGCGAGAAUGCUAAAGAUGAGAGCUUCUGGAUGUGUCGUUGCUCUCCUGUGUUCUUGCUUCGUGCUGUUUGCCGUUGCAGAAGUUACAAAUCCUUCAGAAGUCAAUGUACUGAGAGCAGUCAAGAGGAAAUUAAUUGAUCCUAAGAAUCAUCUAAGGAAUUGGGACGACGGGGAUCCUUGCGAAUCUUUUUGGACCGGAGUUUUCUGUUUUGAUGCUGUUGGGGAUGAUGGAUACUUGCACCUCCAGGAACUCCGACUGCUGAAUAUGAAUCUCUCAGGAACUUUAGCACCUGAGCUUGGCCAACUAUCCCAACUUCUGAUAUUAGAUUUCAUGUGGAAUGAAUUAAGUGGAACCAUACCGAAGGCGAUCGGAAACAUUAAAUCCUUGAAACUCUUGCUCUUGAAUGGAAACAACCUAUCUGGUUCCUUACCUCCUGAGCUCGGUUAUCUUAAAAACUUAACUAGACUACAAGUCGAUCAGAACUAUAUGUCAGGUCCAAUUCCAAAAUCAUUUGCUAACAUGGCCAGUUUAAAACAUCUCCACUUGAACAACAACUCCUUCAGCGGUCAAAUUCCGCCUGAGCUUUCUAAAGCACUCAGUCUUCUUCACUUGCUUUUCGAUAAUAAUAACUUUUCCGGAUAUGUACCACCAGAUUUCUCCAUGUUACCGAACGCGCGCAUCAUUCAGUUCGAUAACAACAACUUCAGGGGGACUGAGAUUCCAGCCUCUUACGGAAACAUAUCCAGAUUAACAAAACUAAGUCUUAGGAAUUGCAGUUUGCAGGGAGAAAUUCCUGACCUUAGCAGUAUAGCCAACCUUAGUUAUAUUGAUCUAAGCCGGAAUCAACUUUCUGGAUCCAUACCAUCACACAGACUUUCUCGCAAUAUAACAACAAUCAUUCUGUCAGACAACCGUCUUAAUGGAUCGAUUCCUGAGAGUUUUUAUGAUCUUCCAGCUCUUCAGAAAGUGUCGCUCCACGACAAUUUUAUUACGGGUUCUGUCCCUGCUAUGUGGCGGAAAAUGUCUUUCAGUACAAGAGCUAGACUUGCACUUGAUCUUCGGAACAAUUUGCUUUCACAAAUAUCGGAAGAGCUAAAUCCUCCUGCAAAUGUCACCUUGUGGCUUGAAGGAAAUCCUGUCUGCAAGAAUGCAGGUGUACCAAAUAUAGGCCAGUUCUGUCGAUCUGAAGCUGGAGGAGACGGGAUCUCUGAAAACUCGAUAAACUCCACUCAACCAAUGACCUGCCCUAGCCAAGCAUGUCCAACAGACUAUUUCUACGAAUAUGUCCCAUUUUCCCCAGUUCCAUGCUUUUGUGCAUCACCUUUAAGAGUUACAUAUCGUCUAAAAAGUCCGAGUUUUUCAUAUUUUGCUCCUUAUAAACACAAUUUUGAAAUCUACUUAACUGGUGCUCUCAACCUGCACCUUUAUCAAUUAUCAAUUGAUUCAUUUGUCUGGCAAGAUGGGCCUCGUUUGCUGAUGCAUAUGAAGUUUUUUCCUAUGUUCAUCAAUCCACACGUGAAUUUAUUUAAUGCAACUGAGGUUCAGCGAUUGAGAGGCCAGCUUACAUCAUGGGAUGUUCCUCCAACUGAUUUCUUUGGACCGUAUGAGCUUCUCAAUUUCACUCUGCUGGGACCUUAUUCGAACAUGAUUGUUGAGCGGCAAAAGACGAGCAUUAGCAAGAGAGCUUUAGCAGGUAUUAUAAUAGGAUGCAUUGCUGCUGUUGUCAUUAUUCCUGCAAUAGUCAUGCUUCUGACCAAAAGAUAUGUCAAAUACCGCUACCCAAUACCUUCACGGAGAUAUUCAUCCUUAAAGAUCUCUAUGAGAAUUGAAGGUGUAAAGGCGUUCACUUUCAAAGAAAUGAAGGUCGCUACUGGGAAUUUCGAUACUUCAAUGCAACUUGGACAAGGAGGCUAUGGGAAAGUUUACAAAGGCAUUUUGUCCGAUAACACAGUUGUGGCCAUAAAGCGUGCAGAAGAAGGAUCCUUACAGGGCGGAAGGGAGUUCUUGACCGAGAUAGAACUGCUAUCAAGGGUACAUCACCGAAACCUGGUCUCUUUGGUGGGAUAUUGUGAUGAAGAAGGGGAGCAGAUGCUGGUUUACGAGUUUAUGCCUAAUGGUACCUUACGCGACUGGCUUAGGGUUGAAGCCAAGGGAAGCCUGGACUUCACAAUGAGGUUACGUAUUGCAUUAGGUUCCGCUAAAGGCAUCCUUUAUCUCCAUACCGAGGCAAAUCCUCCAAUAUUCCACCGGGAUAUCAAAGCCAGCAACAUACUCUUGGACUCCAACCUCGUGGCCAAAGUGGCGGAUUUUGGACUCUCGCGACUUGCACCUCUGCAGGAUGAUGAAGGGACCGGGUCCUCUCAUGUAUCUACAGUCGUGAGAGGAACGCCGGGUUACGUUGAUCCAGAGUAUUUCCUGACCAAUAAGUUGACGGACAAAAGCGAUGUCUAUAGCCUAGGAAUCGUGUUUCUGGAGCUCCUUACCGGCGAUCAGCCAAUUUCACACGGCAAAAACAUAGUUCGAGAGGUGAAUCUGGCUUAUCAGGCGGGGCUGGUGUUCUCAAUCAUAGACAAAAGAAUGGGAUCCUAUCCAUCCAAAUGUGUUGAGAGGUUUCUUGAUUUGGCCCUCAGAUGUUGUAACGAAAAGCCAGAUAAGCGGCCUCAUAUGCUGGAAGUGGUGAGGGAGAUCGAAAACAUACUCAAAAUCAUGCCGGCAACUAACACCAUAUUCUCGCCAUCUACUUCCUCGUACAGUGACCAGUCACCAACCUCGUCGUCCUUCAUGACCGGAGACCGAUCCAACGUGUCCUCCAGCCUGGCAGGAAGUGAUCUAACCAGUGGCGUUGUCCCGACCAUAAUACCUCGAUGAAGAAAAGUUUAUACACACAUGUCCCUCCCACUAUAAUCCCCUCGCACGCUGGCCAAGUGACGCUGUAUUUAUUGGUGGCAUGCAAAGAAGUAAAGCUCCUCCGACGACGACUGAAAAAAAGACGACUCUCAGGUGUUUCCUUUAACCUUGUCUCCGUUUUCCGGGACGUAGAAACAAAACAACAUGAUGCGCGAGUUUUCGGAUGUAAAAAAUGGAGUUUUGUCUCGGAUUUUGUCCAUGUAAAGAACGAAAAGACGAGUAAUGGGUAAUGUACAUAAGUUAGCAUCCUA